UCGGGUUGUUUUACCUAUUAUAGUUUCAACAAUAGAAUAAACUCUCUUUCUAAAUUACCCUUGGAUAACAGCGAAUAUAAGUGAGUAUACACAGCGCUCACCUAUUUUGCUAAUAAUGGUACGUUCCUGUUUGUGGGUCUACAGAGAGAGGCGCGCAUGUUCAUGUCAGUGCUUGCAUGAGCACAUGAAGAGAGAAUGGCGAGGUUUCUAAAUCCUAAUAUCAGGAAGUUUGUGGCCACACAGAUCAGGAUGUCGUCUGACCAGCUAGGAGAACUGGGUAAAGGUGCUGGGAAAGGAGGCGGCGGUGGAGGUUCGGUGAGGGAGGCAGGAGGUGCGUUCGGCAAGAAACAGGCCGCUGAGGAGGAGAUGUACUUCAAGAGAAAAGAGCAAGAACAAUUAGCUGCUCUAAGAAGACACCACCAGGAUGAGAUUGACCACCACAAGAAGGAAAUCGAGAGAUUACAACAGGAGAUCAGUCGCCAUGAGGGCAAAAUCAGAAAACUUAAACAUGAUGACUGAGAGACAUUACAUUUCAUUUCAUAAAUAAAUGGCCCACACAGAAUGUUUUAAACUUGACUGAAUAAUUGUGGAUGCUUUAUUUUAUUAAGAAUUGAAUGAUGUAAUCUCUUAUUACAGCAUAUUAUUGAAACACUGAAAUAAUAUCAUGUGUAUUAAUUCAGUACAGUUUCUCCUCUUGUCAAUAAACAUGUCUCAAAUAUGAA